AUGGCCAUUCCCUGCGGCCGAUUUGAGAAAUCAUUCAGGAUCGAUGAUCAAAACAUCUCUUACCUGGUUUUUGUGACAACUUAUAUAAAAGGAUGGCGAGCAACAGAACUUACUGAGAGUGAGCUUUGCUUGGUUGCCGAAAGAAUAGGUUCCAUACAUGGCAUCAGCAGUGCAACUAUGUCAUCAGAGUUCCUACGGGUUAUCGAGGAAAAUUACGAGAAUAUUCGCAGUUAUCAAACUUCGGUGGAGCCUCAUCUAUUGAAAAUUAUGUAUGAUGCGGUGGAAGGAGAGCUGGCUCAGUAUUUUUCUCUACCACAUGAAGUGAUGCCACGGCUGGAAAUUGUGGCAGAUACUGAGGAAGAUAAUAAGCGGCCUUCACCAUCAGAACGAGUCAUAUGCCAUGGACGCCUUACAGCUGACAAUUGUUAUUUCAAAGAAAAUCCUAACAACAUGGGAGCCACUGGUCAUCCCAUCGAUCUAGUUGACAUAUCAGAAUGGGAGAAUGUGCAUUUUGGAGACGUGGCGUUCGACCUUUCAAAUCUCAUAAUUUCAUCGGCAGAGCCAAAUGUGAGACGAAACAAAUACAUGACGGUACGUUUUCUUUCCAAGGUACAAAUAUAAAG